GAAGCUUGAAUUGACCCCCCGAGAUGCCGUGUUCGAGAUAAUACGCAUGUGUGCAUGUCGACUUAUUUUAACGCGAUACGAUGUGUUGUGUCGUCGCUUAACGUAAUAAAUAAGGCGUCUUGCCAUUGAAACUUUCUACGUCUUGCUGACAUCAGUUCAGACAUCAUCACAUUUUUUUGUCUACAUUUUCCAUAAGACGAUCUAAUUUAUAUCGAUAUAUUUUUUUUUGUCGAUAAAAUGUUAAUAUUUUCUCAACAUCAAGCCAUGCAACUUAACAUACCUUAUGUUGAUAUAACUGCAAAGGUGAAUGAAUUUCUAUGUGUCUAUUCGAACAAUACGCAUUCUCUUCUUGUCACUGACCUAUGGCUGUUUUACAAUUACUGGUAGACAUUUGGUUAUUUUUAUUCUUAAAUCAAGAUGUGGGAGCAGUAUUUCCUGGAUUUAAAGUAAACAAAUUAAGAUAUGCUCUCGUGACCUAUUACUUCCGGCUAGGGUAUACCUGGAAAGAGAUAUGUGGAUUCAUUUGCUGUGCACACAACAUUAUGAUAACUCUUCGACAGAUCCGUCGGAUCGUUCAACGCUUAGGACUAAGAAGAUACGGUUUGUACUCUCCUUUACCGAGGGCUAUAAGGCAACUUUGCCACUGUGGUUUCUCAAAUUCGGGCUACCGUACAAUCUGGAGAGUAUUACAGUCAUCAGGUAAAGUUGCUGCAACUCAAGACACAGUGAGACAAAUAGUUAAGGCGAUGGACCCAGCUGGUGUCAACUUACGGUUAAGGCGUCGGUUACGCAGACGAAUAUAUGUCAAUCGUGGUCCUAACUUUAUUAUUCACAUUGACGGAUACGAUAAGCUUAAACCUUUUGGGAUAUCAAUACAUGGGGCUAUUGAUGGUUACUCAAGAAAUGUGCUGUGGCUGAGAGCAGCAUACACAAAUAACGAUCCAAAGAUUAUUUCAAGAUAUUACAUUGAAUACAUUAAAACAAUAAAUCAACUGCAGAUGGUUGUUCGUGCGGAUUACGGCACAGAAAAUUCGGUCGUUCGAGAUCUUCAAAUGACGAUUGUUCGUCUGGAAGAACAUUGUGAACAGUGCAUGUCCACUUCUGUGUGAACUCAAUGAUAUAGAUGUCCUUUCUCAAAGGUACUCUUCAAUGACACAAAGGGUAAGCUGUAGGGGUAUGUUUGUACAGCUCCUAGCAGAAGUAACUGCAUGGUCGGGACAGAGAUCAACUUCAAUAGCCAAGCACACUUGAAAUCGCUACGGUUCUGUUUAAAGAACUACGGAAUACCUUGACAAUUUGUAAAAUAAUGUUGUUUAAUAAUGUUUUAUUGAAACGCAUUUAAACAAAAGCCAUUUUUAUGUUUUUAAGUUACAUAAUGCAAUAACAGUUGCGGAAUUAAAACAUUCAUACUUCUACUAAUCAAUCUUUAUUUAUUUUUAUUGUGAAAGUAACUAUACUUUUGAAAUAAAAUUUGCGAUUUCCGUGUUAUAUGUAUUGUUUUGUUCCAUUUCUAUCAUAUAGAUAAACUGGUAUAAAUCUUUGUAGAACCAACUUGUAAUUAAUUCAUUCAAAUUGUCGUGAAUUUCCUAAUAUCUGCUGCCACAAAAGACAAAACGGUUUCCCUGAAUUGAGAGUUCAAUAUUCAAUUCAUGAAGUUGAAAUUGUGAAUUAGUGAAUCUUAGAUCAUGAAGUUCAAGUGAAUGUUAAUUCGUGAAAUUAUGAAGUUGAAAUCGUAAAAUCGUGAAUUUCGUAUGUUGAAAACAUGAAUUCACAAUGUUAAAACUUUGAAUUCACGAAGAUGUCAUUGGGAAUUCACGAAGUUGAAAAGUCCCCACCGGCCUUUCCGUACAGUACCAAUCUCAUUCAUAAUAUUCUUUAAGUUGUCACUGAGAUUCAUUUAAGGAUAACAAUUAAUUAAUAAGUAUGGUUCUAAACAAAAAACCGAGUCUUAGUAGAGGAACCAGAAUCACAUUUUAUUACAUAUUAAUUAAGAUAAGCAAGUGUGUAUUAAUUCAGGGUAGCUGAUAAGAAUCGCCACGGGCACAAAUGCUAUUUUUAUAGUGUUGAUAAUUAACUUAAAAAAAUUACAAGACCACAGCUUUAACAGAAACCUUAUUAUUUUUAAUUUAACACAACGCUUCUUGAUUUGUUGUUGCUUUUUUUUUUGGGGGGGGGGCUCAUUAAUACAUAUUGAAAUAAAAUUAAAACAAUGGGUUAUUUUUUACCUCCUACUAGUUUGAAAAUAUUAAACUGAUAAACUUUUAAUUUAAAAGACAUUUAAACAUUUAAGUCUCUCGUACAUUAAACAAAAAAAUCAGGACUAUAACUUAUCGAUAUAACCAUUAGCAUAUUAUUCGGCGAGACGUACAGACAUACGGUCGAAAGGCUAUUCCAUUUGAAGUUUCAGAAAGAAAUAAACUAACAAGUGUCUUAUAUAACUUAAAUCAAACAUGGUCCUUCUUUGUUCUCUCAGCUAUGCCUGGUAUGUUUUCCGGUCAAUGACCGGUCUAAAAUCAUUUCCUGUAUAAUUUACAGACAAGAACUGAAUAUAAGAAAAAGUUCUCAUUGGUCAUUUUAAAUAUACAAAGAAAUCUGGGAAUCUCAUUGACCAUUUUUACAUAAAUAAUGAUAUAUCGAUGCUAAAAUUUAAAGGAUAGUUCUUGCCAUUAUAAAAUAAUAGGUAAAGAAUAUCUAUAUUAUGGCAUGUUAAGCUUUACAAUAUUCAAUAAAUUAAAUUUUUGUUCUAUAUCCAAUAUUUAUAUUGUAUAACUCACAUUUGAUUUGAAUUUGUGACUUGAGCAAUAUUGAUGUUUUAAUUUUUUUUUCUUUAAAAUAUUGUAUCAUUUAUUUAGUUAUACUGUACAGUACUUUUGAACGUGUCAAUGUGCAUGAAAAAAGUGCUUAAGAAGUUUGGCAUACAAUAAUAAUAAUAAUAAUAAUAAUAAUAAUAAUAAUAAUAAUAAUUAUUAUUAUUAUUAUUAUUAUUAUUAUUAUUAUUAUUAUUAUUUUAUAUUCUAUACCACACUAUUUAUUCAAUCCUGCUAAAUAUUUGUUAAUCAUAAAAAAUAUUUGUGUGCGAUAAUUUUCUAUAUGUAUGUGGUAUAUUUGAAAAUUUAUAUUGUAUAAUUAAAAAUAUUUAUUGUAUAGAUCUACUGAAAAAUAUUUAUUCGAUAACUUGAAUCAUGGGAUAGAGCAUACAAAUACCGCCUAUAAAUUAAGCACGAAUUGAUGGUAAGGCGUUAUCAUCAUCAUUAAACUAGACUAUAGUGUAGGGGAAAUGAACAGCGUCCCUGUGAAUAGAGCAAAUGCUUUAUCCUCCUUAUAAAUGUAUAUGUAUGUCUAAUAAAUGGAAAUAAAUUUUAAAAUCUUCAGGACAUACAAUAGUAAUGGUCUUCAUAUGCCUAAUAAUUUAACCACGAUAUGAACCUAUGUGAGGAUAUCAUGUAAGAUGCAUUUACAUAAAAAUACAGGGAACGUAAAUCGGAAUAUAUCCAACAAGAAGCAUUAACAAAUGAAAAUGUUAUGCCGUUAAUGCAAUUUGCAUGUAAAGUGACCCGGCGGACGGUAUAACUUUGAAAUUUGACGUUAACGACGUCGCAAGCGUUUCCUCAUUUACGAAGUAGGCCAAUACCAUUUUUACAUGUCUGAUCCACUGCCUAUAUAUAAAUACUCUGUAAAAGUCGGUAUCAUUGGCCAGCCCGCAUAGCUCAAUCGGUUAGAGCGCGAGACUUGUAAUCUCGACAUUGUGGGUUCGAUUCCCGGGCUGGCAAACUAAAAUUACUAAUCAGUCUUUCGGAUGAGACUUUAAAUCGAGGUCCCGUGUAUGGGUGCUUAAACACUUGGCACGCUAAAGAACCUGGGGGCCGUUUUAUCAACGCUCUACGACGUGUCGUAGGCUAGUUUUUUGUCGCAGACAUGUCGAAGAACGUUAAGACCGUUUUAUUAACGUUUGUCGUAGCCUACGACGUCGUAGAAAAUGUCGCAGCUCUACGACAGGGUUGGGGCUGUCGUACGACGUUUCUGUGACGUUAAGACUGGCGAUCACUGUUUACAUGUAUACAUGCUCAGCACAUUAUUUUUAUUAAAUAACUUUUUCAGAAUAAAAAAAACAUAUUUCAAUUGUUUUUGUUUUCUUUUAAUGUCAAACGCUUAUAUAAGGGCUUUAUACAUGCGCUCUAAGUAUAGAAAGAAACAGAAUAUACAAAUCUUAUACCCUAUAAAAAUGUCUAAAAUAUCGUUCAUUUGGAGCAAAUAUGCCCUUACGGUCAUACUCUAUUCUAUUAAUAAUGAGUUCCGAAGAUUUCUUCGAAAAUAGAAUAAAAAUAACUUUACUCACAUCUAUUUUAUUUCACAUUUGGAAAAAUCAUAAUAUUUUAACUAAAUUUUACAUAAAUUUAGAUAUUUCUUUGAAGAAAACCAAAUGGUAUAAAAAAGGACACCGGAAAGUUACCGUGGUCAUGAUUCCGGAAGAACAAUUUUAAAAAGAAAAAAAAUAGUCAAUAGAAUAUAAAAAAGUUCAAAAAGACAAGGCGACAUUAACCAAAAGUUACCGUGGAUGAAAAGCAUCAAUGUUUAAAUUAUCAAAUUUUAUGAUAAACUGCAAUAUACAGUGAAGAUAUAAUAAUUCAGUCUGCACAAUUUGCAUGGUGUAUUAAUUAUGCAUUUUAAUUCUUAAAAAAAAUCAAGAAUCCGAACUGUAACUACGUAAUUUGCAAUCCCGGGGUGGGGAGUUAUUUAGUAUACUACAACUACAUGAGAUAUACGUAUAUAUAUCUAUAAGUAGCCUGGGAUUCAGGCGUUGAUAUAUUUUUUGCUUAUUCAUAACUUACGCGCUAUUUCAUACUCGAUACUCAGAGAUAACACAACAUCACUGGUUUUGAUAGUAUCAAUAUAUGAGCUGUGUCACGACAAAACCAACAUAAUGGGUUUGCGACCAGCAUGGAUCCAGACCAGCCUGCGCAUCCGCGCA